CGCAGCUAACUCGAGCUAAUGCUAAAUGCAGCUAACGUUAACUGCUAGCAAGCUGAAAGGGACGUUAGCAGGUGCUGUUAUUCAAAGCAGCUAGAUAGCUUUCGGCUACAUUCGCUUGCUGCUAACUAGCUAGCUAGCUGGCUAACUUAUGACCUUCAGUGUAAUUAUCGUGGCUAAUAUUUGAAACUAUUUAGCCAUGUUUGCUUUCGCGCUAACAACAACCAGCUAGCCCUUGGGUAGCUGUGUUUUUAGCUAGCAAUAGCUGCCUGGCUAACCAUCAACAAUCAUGUUGUCAUCGUCGUGUUGGCACUGGUUGAUCAAGUUGGUGCUAAUUUUGUAUCUCUGGGAGCCAGGCCGUGCAGCAACACGCUUUUAUGAGUUUCUGCCCACCAAAUGAUCUGAUACGUGCCCACACCAAUCACCCAAUUGAAAGUACAAUGACAUAAUAUUUGUAUAGGCUAACUCCUGGUGGAGGCGUAAGUUAUCUGGCAGUGUUCGGUGCACAAGUUAAAAUGACAGUUUGAGCCCAAGGCUUGUGUGUGUAAUGUUCUGUGUUGUCUUAUUUUGUGUUGAGAAAUUAAACGUUCACCGAAGCUCUGGUCUACGUCUGUUGAGAAGGUUUCACCUUCGACAAGUUCUAAGAUCGUCAUAAUUAAAGUGGCAAAAACCAAGACUGGUUCCGGAUCAGAUGUCACACUCUCUUUUUAAAUCCGAGGCACAUACUUCCUGCUCACUGUCAGACAGUCAAGAGAAGUCUGCUGGGUCUAGGUUAGUUCACGAUGGCUUUAAAGGUAAAUAACGGUAAAGUGUAUAUUCUGGACGUUCAAGCCUGUGAAGCACAACAGGAAAUGGUAAUAGACAACUGAUCACAAAUCUUAUCAGUGUCUGUCUCUAUUGGUUUCUGGCCACUGUUAUCUGUCCCUGUUGCCUGAACAAAGAGUGAGUGAGUCAAACUAUCAAGGAGAAAAAACAUUUCACUUUCACUUAAAAGAGCUAUAAUUUUGAAAUGUCCAAAUGAAGACAGCAACAUACAAGGAUUUCCAUUACAUCCAUCGAUAUUUUGGUUCUGUGUAAUCAAUGAAUAGUUUUUAAUUUAUAAAAGUCUCAAGCAGUAAAAUUGUUUAAUUUUAGACACUGUCACCAUGAUAUAAUUUGUCCACUCAGAAGUUAAUUUUUAUUAUUUUUCAAUAAUAUCCUGCCUGAUAUGCGAUAUUGAAAACGAGAGGAUUUCUGAGUCUCUUUAACUUCCCGUUUACAUUUUUGAGGAGGCGACAUCAGCUAUAUCAUCGGCAUUAGCUGCAGUGGUUUUGUGGCAUAAGCUCUUAACGCAAACACCCAGGCACACUGGCUAGCUAGCCCACAGGUUGGUACGCCUGUGGUUUGAGGAGAAUUAACACAAACAGUCCAGCAGUCAAAUUUGCGCAGAUGAUCAACUGGUUGUUGGUGAAAACUGAGCUUGAAUGCUUUGGGCUGGCCUAUAUUGGGCUGAAUGGUAUUUCUGCUGUGGGAUUGUAGCAUUAAAAGUUUUUUGUAGGACCUCUGGAUGCUGGAGCUGGACAAUUUAUUAAUAACAUCCGUCCUUUUUCUGCUGCUUCAGCCAGGUCUGGGUUGCAGAGGCAGCAGCUUUUGCAAAGUCUUGGAAAAAUAUUUCUUUCCCCUUUUUGUUUUCUCAGUAAUAUAUUUGAUUUUGUGACUCAGUCAUGGAAGCAGUUGCGUUACAACCUCACCUCAUCUAAAAUGAAAUAUCACAACACACGCAUCGUUCUCAAACUCCAUAGUAAGUGGUGGAGAUGAUGUAAACAUUGCCAACCACUAGCCAUCUUGGAAAUGUAAACACGCCAAUCUAACACUCUUGUUACGGACUUUUGCCGUAUUUUCUUUUGUGUCUUGCUGCUGAUAUCGACAUUUUACUUGAAAUUCCCUGUGGGCUAAACAGAGUGCAUAACAUAGUGUAUAUCAGCUGUACUCCUCCCCUUGUGAAUCAACAACCGCUUCAUCUGCAUCUGCCCUCCUUCUCUGUGUUGUAGCGGUGAUCGGGACAGCCCGGGGGCGGACAUGACUGGAGCUGGAAGUGGCGGUCAGGGCCCGCCGGAUGGGACGGAUGCUGAGGAGGAAGAGAGGUGUCCUAUCUGCCUCGGCAUCCUGGCUGGAGGCGAGCUGGCAAUGCCCGACAGCUGCUGCCACGUCUUCUGCCUCAGAUGUCUCCUCACAUGGGCAGAGUUGCAGAUGGCUCCUUCCUGCCCGGUGGAUAGAAGACCUUUCACCAACGUUUACAGAUGGGACGGGAAUUUAAGCUGUGUGCAGGUUCCUGUGAGGAAACGAGCGACUCCACCUGAAGCUGAGAGUUGCUGCUGUAGAAACCCCGAACAAAAAGUCUGUCUCAAAAGUAAGCCUGCGAGAAGACUGAGACGGCAAAAGCUGGAGAGGACGGCAGACGCCAAAACAAAAGGACUUGUGAGGAAAUGUAACGAGGAUGACCCCUCCUCACUGAGCAGAAAAAAGGUGAGAGGAACAGAGUGCUGUACUUGGUCACCGUCUCCCUGUGUCUCAUUAACGACAUCAUCUACUCAGGACAUUGCAGAGCCUGUGUGGGUGGCCGAGGACAUACCAUAUGACACCGGGUUCAAUCACUGCAAACCCCAGAGGCAAGACUGUCCGUGGCUUUCUCCUGCUGCUCCCAUCCCCGUCAACGGCACCUCAAGGCAGAGUUUCCAUCCCUCUGGUUGGAACCACAGCCAGCUUCCGUCUCCCUUUACCUCCAGUUCACCCCUUGGCCCCGGUCACUUCGUGUUUCAGGGUGUUGUCUGCGCCAUCACGUGUCCAAAAGGAGGCGAGAAGCGAGGCGGUCGAGCUUCGACCUCCAAAGCUCCCACCAAAGAGGCCAAGUCUCUGCCAUCCAGGCGAUCUGGACGCAACAGUAAAAGCCAGGAGGAGGCUCCCGCGUCGGAUCUGUCAUCACCUCCGCAGUCCAGUGCGUCAGACUCGGACUCGUCUACCGGCCAGUCCGCCAAGCCGGGCAGGGCGGCCCAAGCGCCAGCCAAGAGGAAGGGCAAACGGGUGACAAACCGAAAGGCCAGUGGGAAGCGGAAAGCCACGGCAAGAAAAAAGAAAUCUCCCCAAGUCGUCAGCAGCCCGGCAGCAAGUGAGGACGAGGAGGAGGGGGACGGAUGUGACAACAUGGAGAAGGAAGAGGACAAAACCGAUCAGGAACCGGAUUUGAACAACUCAAAGCAGAAGCAGUCUGAUGCUGAAGGGAGCCUCAAUGAAGACCAGGGCGACUUCAACUCUGCUGAUGAGCUCGGAGGCGCUGCACCCUUGAGCAACGAUGUGGGACAGGACAGCGAUGAGACUCAAGAACGAUCUAAUGAACGUAAGCUGAAACCAGAUGAGCGAGACGAGGACCUGUCUUGUCCCUCGGACUCUGCUCCUGACAGCCCCGGUUCGUGCUCAGUGGGCGACCAGAGCAAGAGGGAGGAGGAAGAGCCAGCAAGCCCCGUUUCCUCUGGAGGAAAGGACUCUGAGAAGAGGAUGUCACCAUCACCCUCUCACUCUGAGAAAGAGGCCUCGCCCUCACCCUCUCACUCUGAGAAAGGGGCCUCGCCCUUACCCUCACCCUCUCACUCUGAGAAAGAGGCCUCGCCCUCACCCUCUCACUCUGAGAAAGAGGCCUCGCCAUCACCCUCUCACUCUGAGAAAGGUGCUUCACCCUCUCACUCUGAGAAUGCCCUGCUGGACAACUUGAUGUCUCCACACUGCGAUGACCAGGCAGAGCAGGAGGAUGAUGAUGACAUGGAGAUUUGUGCAGAAGAAGCCACCAACGAAGAAUCUUCCAAUGCAGUGAUGGCUGAAUCACGUGAGAAUUCUCCACAACCGGCUUCCCCCUCUGCUAGAGAGUUGGAGGAUAAUUCAGCUGUCUCAGAACCAAAAGCCUCCGAGGACGCUGAUGUAAAAACGUUUGCGUCAGAGCGUGAUCCUUCAGUAGGCGACGGUUCUGGGGAAGGAACCAAGGAUGACGGUCCAUCCAAGGAUGACACUAAAGUUGUCCCCAUGGACUGCAGUUCACCCAUGAGCGAGCAGGCCAACAGUCCCGUUUUGGAACUGCCGAAGGAGAGUGCUGCGUCAGCCUCUGCGAAACCUGCUGGUUCCGCAAGCCACGUGGCCAAGGACGAGAGCGACGAGCAACAGGAGAGAGAAAAGAGCCAAGAGAGGAAGAACGGCAAGCAGAGGCGCUCUCGCUUCCACUCCCCAACCUCUACCUGGAAGGACUCCAAGCGAGAAGAAUCCAGGCGCUCGCGGUCGAAAGAGCGAGACGGCAGUCCGCCCUCUAGCCGCUCGUCCCGAGCUCGCAGCAGAGAGAAGGACCGGGACCGGGACGGUGAGAGAGACUAUUCUAGAAGGGAACGUAGUCGUGAAAGGAGGAGGAAGCGAUCCCGGAGUCGCUCUAGGUCCAAGUCCCGGUCCCGGUCUCGGUCUAGAUCAAGAUCCAGAACAAGAUCCUUCAGACGAGGGCCCAGCCCCGAACGGCCGGCCUCCAGAGAGCAGUCUCCCCAGAGGAAGGAGCGCAGAGGGGGCUGGAGGUCCGGGCAGGGCAGUGGGUCUGGUGUUGAGGGACGGAGGCAUCAAGGAGGUGCUGGGCGCUCUGAAAACGGUGUGCCCACGGAAAGUUCCCCUGAACGCCAGGGCUGGUCGGAAAAUCCAGACUGGGUCACCGAAAAGAGUCGCGGUGAAGCCGACAGCAAGAGCUCCAGCGGCGGCUCGCGCUGGGAAGACCGCAGCAGUGGGGGGAACAGAGGGGAGUCACGGGGCCGUGGAGAACGCGGCCGGGGGGCGGGGCGGGGCGGCCGCAGCUUCUACAGCCAGCAGGAGGAAACGUCCGACAACCGCUGGCAACCCAGAAACAACUUCUCAGGUACAGGCAACAAUUCAGGGAAUGACGCGUACAGCCGCUUCAAUGAAAACCGAGGUGGUGGCCGCAGGAAAGAGUCCGACUCAGGAGACAACAUGGACCGGUCAGGCUGGUCAUCAGCGUCCAGCUGGGCUGUCAGGAGGACACUGCCCGCAGACGUUCAGGAUUAUUACUCCAAGAGGGAGAGGGGAGGACCAGGAGGCUGGAACCGACAAGAGGAGGAGCAGCCGGCAGCAGCAGAUCCCACUAAAAGCGAGCCUUCUGCCCAGGCGGUCCCGGGUAAUGCUCCGGGGCCUGUGAUGAACGCGGCCCCCCCUCAGCUGAAUGUCCUCCAGCAACACUACCCCGUACAGGGCCCGCGAGGAGCCCUGCCGGUCAGCUUGCAGCCUGCGGCGCCGUACGCCAUGCCUCCUCAGGUCCCCGUGCACCUCCACCCUGCCGUACCGCUGCUUCAGGUCCCUGCUGUCGGCGCUCAGGGCCUCCCACCCCCUCCCCCGCCUCCUCGACCCAUGCAUCAAGGCGGCCAUACGGCAGCGGCUCAGCCCGAUGGCUACGCGACACAGAUGGCGAAUACAAUGAUGGGUUAUGGGAAACCCGGCCUUCUUCCCACCCCAAGCAAAGCUGGAGUUGCGACCUACGGCCAGUCAGCACCCAGCCAGUUUCUACCAUCCUCUACAACUCAACCCGGCCAAUAUAAGGCUCAAGCUGACGGCUCCAAAAAAGAAAAGAAGCACCAGAUCCAAGAGAGAGCUGUCAAUGAAGUGAAGAAUGCCAUCAAACCCUAUUACCAAAAGAAGGAAAUCACAAAGGAGGAGUACAAAGAGAUUGUCCGCAAAGCGGUAGAGAAGGUGUGUCACAGCAAGAGUGGUGAGGUGAACUCCAGUAAGGUGGCCAACCUGGUGAAGGCCUACGUGGACAAAUACAAGCAUGCCCGCAAGAAAUGAAACCCCGCCCUUCUGCUGGCGUGGCGACGCCCUCACGGACCCAUUCAGCUGCUCAAGUGCAAUUUCCUCUGGCUGGAAUUUAGCCUCCAAACUGAACGGAGAGCCAACAUUUUCUUUUUUUUGAUAUCUCUACCUUUUAUUGAAUGAUGGAAGAUUUUUUUCUAUAGAUUUUCAUAUUUUGUUAGAAAAAGAAUUACCCAAUCAGAAAUUGUAAUGCAAGAGCCCUUUAUUUUGCAUAGAUCAUGUGACUUGGGGAACUACUGUAAGGAGCGCAGGGUAGCGUGGGAGGUGGGGUUGAUACUAAAGAUGCAACGCUCGGCGAACGACGUCGGCUCCUGUAGUGGAGAGCCUCUUCCAGGGUGCCGGCUGGUACGAUGACUUCCUCCUAAAUGGCAUCCUGAUCGCAUAGCUUAUUAAUUGAAUAUUGUCAAUGUUCUUUUUUUAAAAUAUUAUAUAAUAUUUCAGAUGAGGCCUAGUUUAAAAAAACAACAGUGCAUUGCCUUUAUUCAUCUCUGUGGUUCAAUUAAGGGCUGGAAUCUGAUGAGUGUGAUUGUAAUCAGGGCCCUGAUUGGUUGAGGAGAUGCUGAGCGGGACGGCCAAUCAGAAGUGAGUUUGUAAUGUAAGGCAUGGGUCCUAGGGGGUCAGAUCAAGUGAAGUGAACCCCACCCUUUGCCUGAAUGUGUAUUAAAUGUCAAUGGGUGAACACGAUCUGUGCAAAGUAUCCAGAGAGUAGUGAAAUAAAACAGCUGCUGCCUGA